CUAUUUCUCAAUUUCAUGGUAUUUAUGCGUUUACCAUAAUUAGCAAACAAAAUAGUAUUUUAUGCAGAGCACUUCAGUAUUACAUUAAAUACUUCAAAAUAAAUUCCUAAAUUAUUGCAAACCUACAAAAAUUAUGAAUGCCAAUGGGGUUAAAGAUUCAAAUAGUAAUGAUGUUGAUUCCAUAUUAAGCUCCUACAUCAAUUUUUGCCUUACAAAGAGUACUCCAAAGACUCAUCCAAUCUUGCCUAAAUCAAAUCACAACAAUAUUCUAAUUACAAGUGCUCUCCCUUAUAUAAACAAUGUUCCACAUCUUGGAAAUAUAAUUGGCUGUGUUUUAAGUGCCGAUGUUUUUGCCAGGUAUUGCCGAUUUAAACCUUAUACAAACACAUUAUUCCUUUGCGGGACAGAUGAAUACGGGACUGCUACGGAAUUGAAAGCUUUGGAGAGUGGUCAAACUCCCAUGGAGAUAUGCGACGCCUAUCACAAGGCUCAUUCUGACAUUUAUGCCUGGUUCGAUAUAUCCUUUGACACCUUCGGAAGGACUACCAAUAGGCAUCAAACUCCAAUAGCCCAAGAUAUAUUUCGUAAGCUCAAUAGCGACGGUUACAUUUUCACCGAAUCCACCGAUCAAACAUACUGCAAAAAUUGCCAAAGAUUUUUAGCGGACCGCUACAUAGAAGGUAAAUGUCCACUCUGUUCCUACGAUAACGCCAGAGGAGAUCAAUGCGAUAAGUGCGGCAAACUCAUGAACGCUUCCGAUCUUUUAAAUCCCUCUUGCAAGAUAUGCGGCCUUUCCAACUCGAUAAUGAGCAAGGCCUCUACCCACCUGUUCCUGGAUUUGCCGAAACUAGAAUACAAAGUUAAUACCUGGUUCGCUAGCAACGUAGAAAGUUCAAAGGAUCACGAUUGGACUACGACCGCUACCGUUAUAACCAAGGCCUGGCUUAAGACCGGUCUCAAACCUAGAUGCAUAACUCGCGACCUGAUAUGGGGGACUCCGGUACCCCUCAAGGGAUUCGAAGAUAAAGUAUUUUACGUUUGGUACGACGCUCCUAUUGGUUACUUAUCGAUUACAGCCGAUUAUACAGACGAUUGGGAACAAUGGUGGAAGAAUCCAGAAGAGGUGACCUUAUACAAUUUCAUGGCCAAAGAUAACGUUCCUUUUCAUUCGGUAAUAUUUCCUUGUUGCUUAUUGGGCACAGGCGAAAAUUACACCUUAGUUAAUCACCUUAUAGCUACAGAAUACCUAAAUUACGAGGACGAAAAAUUUAGCAAGAGUCGCGGGGUAGGCAUAUUCGGGGACCAGGUAAAAGAGACCGGCAUUCCCAGUGAUAUUUGGCGAUUCUACCUUCUUUCCAUUAGACCAGAAACGCAGGACUCUAACUUUAGCUGGAACGAUCUUUUAAACAAGAACAAUGGCGAGCUUUUAAAUAAUCUCGGGAACUUCGUCAAUAGGAGUUUAUCACUCGUUAUCCAAUUUUAUUCCGGAAAAAUUCCACCUUUUUACGUGACGUCUACUACUCCUUGCGAUAUCGGUUUCAUUCAAAACGUAAACUCUACGCUAAAACGUUAUCUGAAUUACAUGAACCAUGUCAAGAUCAGAGAGGCUCUUUACACCAUUUUAGAAAUAUCACAUUUUGGAAAUCAAUACAUACAAGAAAAUAAGCCUUGGGUGCUGAACAAAAGUUUAGAAGUCACGGACAAGGAAAAAUGCUGCAACGUUAUAUCAUUAUGCGUUAACACAGUCAACCUGCUCGCCAUUUUGCUCGGACCUUUUAUUCCGAAAACGAGUGCCUCCAUUUUCCUCCAAAUCGAUAUGCCGUCAGAUCAGCUCAUGCCGGAAACAUUUGGGAUGGCUGUUAAGCCUGAUCACGUUAUAUUUAAACCUACACCGUUAUUCGAAAAGCUGGAGCUGGAGAAGAUUUUAGCGCUGAAAAAACAGUUUGCCGGACCUAUUCAUACUGGCGGCGAUAAACGCGAAUCAAAAACGCCGAAGCUUAAUCUUUCCAAAGAUGAUCAGAUCGUUUCUCUCCUAGCUAGCCUUUCGGUAGAAUGCAGCAGUUUUAACGAAUCGUUAAACACCCCUAAUUUAACAGCAGACGCGAUAAAUAUAUGUAUCACUAAACAAGGUAACCGGAUUAGAGAAAUGAAGGCAAACAAAUCCGACAAGAUGCUCAUACAACAGCAAGUCACGAUUCUUUUAAAUUUGAAAAAGCUGGCUACCUUGAUACAAUAAAAAAAGAAUUUUAUUAUUUUUUUUUCUAAUUUACUUUCUCCUUUUCCCGGUGGAUGUAUUUGUUCGAAUCACGCAUUAAAAAUAGGACAAUUUUUUUUUGAUAAAAAAAUAUAUUUUCAAAGCCACAUAAAUUUUGUACAUUCGUUUUAUUUUUUCACUGGCAUUUUUUUUUGAUAUACAAUACGCAGAACAAAGAAAGUAUUAUUUUUAUUUUGAUAUUUUUUUUUGCGUCAUCGUGAUUUGCUUUAAUAUUAUAUUUGGUGUAUUGUAACAAAUUUUUUUUAUAAAGAAAAG